AUGGGAAAUUGCAAGUCAGCUAACACCAUAGAUGUGUCCUGCAAUCACAACAAACCUCACAUUGCAAUCUGUCUGGGCAAAGCAUGCACGAGAGAUGAAGGAGAUAGAAGAUUAUGCGAGGAAUGUUUGGUUGAUCACAUGUGCAAUGAUCGCAUUACUAUAGACGAUGGUAUUUGUUAUUCUAAAUCCUAAGCAAUAAAGUUCGACAACUAUGGGAUCCAGGAAAUAGUGGAGAAGUUCGACAGAGAUUAAAAUUCACCACAUGCAACAGGUGGAUUAACUCAAACAUUAGCAAAUUUUAAAAAUAAUUUCUUUGAGAGUUUCAAAUCGUAUCAAGGAUAUUAUGAUAUCUAUUUGAAUCAGUAUCUCCUUUAAGGAAUACCUGAUGCUGAAGUAUUUGGAGAAGCGGCAAGUUAAAUUGUGGAGGCAUUUGAAAAAAAUGAUUUGGGUUACAUCUAAAAGCAAGGAUGUCAAAUAUUACUCAACACUUACAAUAAUCCAUAAUUGAUUAAAUAGAUCUUAAGCAAUUUAGACUCAGCAUCCAGAAAAAUCUCAGUUUAUCAGAAUUAAGUCGAGUAGAAGUUGAGAAGAUUGCAAGACUCAUUCUUCAAGGAGCUUCUCUCCUUACCAUACAAUGUGUCUAAAUAAUUCAAUGGUUCCAUUCUUAAUAUAGAUCCAAAAACCUAUUCGUAUGAAUUCUCGGCUUAUUUGACAACUGUAGAUACUAAUAGGAUGAGUGGAUCAUUGAUCUCAUUGAAUUGCAGUGAUCACAAUCAGAAAAUCUAGGUUAUCUGUUGUGACAGAUGUCCGAAUAAAGAUAAUAGAUUGUGCGGUCAAUGUUUGAUAACUCAUAAGUGCAAUGCUGGAUAAAGGAUUAAAUUGAAAUCUUUCGGUUAGGAUCAAGCUGCAAUAAUAGAGGCGGCGAUGAAAUAUCAGAAGAAAAAGCAAGAGAUAUCUGAGGCUAAAUCCAAAGUGAAAGCCAUUUUUGAAGACAUAAUGAGAUAGGCAAUCAAGGAAAUCGAAAUGUUGGGAUAAAAUUCUAAACGAGUGAUGGGGGAAUCUUAAUUGGAUGGGUUCGACUCCUAGAUGAAGUAAGAAUUGCCAGCUUACUUAAAUAAAUUAAAACUAGUACAUAUUGAUAUUUUAUUAGUGGUAUUUGCCAAUCGGAGCAUGGUGAGUUUAGACUAAAGAGGAGUAGCAAUCAUUGCCUAUUUGAUACAACAUCCUGAAAUCAAAAACUAAUUGGUUACCUUUGAUGCAUCCAACAAUGCAGUCUAAUAUUUGAAUAAAUUAGUAAUCCAAUUGGAAGAUGUCUCAAAGAGAUUCUUACAGAGUGUAUCACAAAUUGAAGAUAUUAUAGUUGCAACCUUUGAAAAGAAACCAAGUUAAAAUCUGGAAUCUUCACAUAUUUACACUACUAAUAUUGUGGCUAAUCAUGGUGCAACCAUAACUCCUGUGGGAAUGAAUUUAUCAUUACAAAGAUAACCAUCAGCUAAUUUGAAUUUCUAGAUUGAUCAAUCACUUGAAAAUAAAUUAGAUGGUUGUCCUGUUAUUAAGGUACUCAAAGAUUUUGGGGAAGAUCAGGACAAUUAUGUGAGCGAUAUCAUCUUUUAUUAAAAUCACUUGAUAGUUUCAAAUGUGGAUGGACUGAUCGUCAUUUAUUAAGGCAUUGGUGAGAGCAAGAUUGGGGAACACCAAUUUGAAGGUAAAUGUACCAGCAUAUGUGGAUUUAUAUACUAAGGCAAAUUGGCUAUAGCUGCAUGCAUUGGCAAUUUUGAAGAAUAGAACAUUGGAAUUAUUACAUUCGAUAAGUCAAUCUCCUUCUAAGGUCAUUUGUAAGGACAUACUGAUCCAAUUUUGAUGGUCAAACAAUUGAUCAAACCUGAAUACUUGGUCAGUUGUUCUGGUGAUCAUAGCAUUAAGGUUUGGGACACAUCCUCUAGUGGAUUCUUGGAAAGCAUUAAGGCUAAGACCAUCAACAAUCAUAAAAUGGCAGUCAGAGAUGUGAUCUUAAUUAAUAACAAUCAACUUGUAUCUGGGUCAUUUGAUGAGACCAUCCAGAUCUACGAUAUCAAAUCAGAUCGAGUCAUCUAUGCCAUUCAAUGCGAGGAUUGGAUAUACUGUUUAUAAAAUAUCACUGAGAAGGCUUUUGCUGCAGGCACUGGUUCUGGGGAUAUUAGAAUCAUUAGCACAUCGAAUUAUAGUGAGAUGCAGAGAGUCAGAGUAGCUCCCAAUUAUAUCAAGAGUAUUAUGGUAUUUCAAAAUCCCAAUUAUCUAUUCUUGUCGUGCAAAAACAGAGACAAUUACAUCAUACGCAUACAGGAAUACAGGCAAAUUGAUUAUAUUACCAAGACUGAAGAAGUGGACUUUGUUCCUGAGGGGAUUUGCUUAGUUGACAAUUAUAUCAUAUAUGGAGAAGCCAAUUCUGUUAAAAUUAAAUAUGCUAGUUGA